AUGCUGCUCUUAAAACGCUCCCGAAAUGACGUAGAAAUCGAGAUUGAGACGUCGCGUUGGAUGAAAGGCAGUCCUCAUCACAGGAAGGCCUUGUUCCUGUUCUGUGUUUUCACUGUUCUGGCGACUACUUGCUAUCUCAUCAAAUACAUUGGCAUAUCAAAGAGCUCUCUAGCAGAAUUGGCUGUAAAACACUCACAAGGCGAGGAAAAGAGGGCGUUUCCACUAGCACGUGACCAAGGACGCUGUACAACUCUAUGGAAACGCUCUGGUUGUGGUUCCAGACGUCCGAUACUUCGCUGCAAGCCAUAUCCAAGCACAGAAGAGGAUCGUCACUAUGAUGCGGUUGUGAAGACGUUUGAUUCUCUGUUGUAUCUCAAUGGUUGUCGACAUGAGACUUGUUCACUCGUUGGCUCUUCGGGAAAUUUGAAAAAUCGUGCUCGUGGAAAAAUGAUCGACAGAAGCAAAAUCGUUAUUCGACUCAAUAAUCAACCAAUCACGGGAUACGAGAAAUAUGUUGGGACACGUCCGGCUGAUAUUAUGAUAUUCAAUUACCAGACAGAUUGCUUCACUAACACCAGCCAUCCUACUCUGUAUAUCCGUUCUGCAGACAAGCCAUUGAGAGAGGAUGCAGUCAUUAUUAAAAAAUGUCAAGCAAAUCGGUUUGCGCCUUUGUACUCUCUGUCCACUUAUGUUCAACAUCAAGCACAGAUUCUGUUGAAGACUUAUGCUGUGAGGUAUAACGUACAGAGAGAAGUCUAUAGUUCUAAAGGCAACUACUUUCAUGCAACCAGCGGUUUCAAAGCUCUCAUUUUUAGUAUGAUGAUAUGCAGGCAAGUUCAUCUGUUUGGAUUUGGAAUGCAAGAAGCGAAGACGUGGCAUUAUUAUCCUCCUUAUAGAAAGUACACACCUCCUCACCACGAGAUGUUUCUAGAAAUGAAAAUAAUACAAGACAUUGCAAAGCGAACUCUUAACAGUAGUAUUGCUAAUUUUCUAGAUAAAGAAUUUAGCAAUCUAAUUGUUUAUUAAUAAAUUUAUAGGUAACUUGUAUAAUAGUAGAAUACAAAAUUGUGUUAAUGCAAAUGUCAUCUCA